CCUGAGCAAGGUGGAAUGCCGGGCUUUCGUCCUGUAGCAGAAGGUGCCCUGUGCCAUCACUGGGUGACUGUCCUCACCACCUGAGGUCAGUGCCCUGCCACCACCACCCCUCUCGCAGAUCACUCUCAGCUUUGGCUUCUCUUACCCAGCCGUGGCUUCCGAGGUCUGCAUGCCAGUGGGCUUAUCCUCAGAGAGUGGAAUGGCGGCAGGGAGCAUCACUUUUGUCCCCGUACCCCUGCAUCAGGCUCAUGUGAGAACCGAGGCCAGGCUGUCCAAGGCUGUCUCUUCAUACUUCAACAGUCCUGAGUCCCAUGACCUCCCAGCAGCCCGACUCUGGCCUUGGUUACACUCACAGGUAGAGUCCUGCCUCCUCUCCCUCGCAUCCCCACCCCCUUCCCCAAAGGACUGUGUCUCUGAAGUCCUGGGCAGCUUUGCCUCCUGACCUAACUGCUGGAGACACUGGUGUUCCUAGGGAGGAGUUGCUCUGCAUCUAACAGCACAGAAGCUCCUGGGGCAGGCGGUGGGGGAGGAACUGAGAAGAUGAAAAUGUCAACUAGAGCCCUGGAGAAGAGGAGUUGACUUUUAGUCUCCACGUCUAAUUGGGAAUGAGUCGGGUUUUUAUACAUACACACGCCCAUGCAUAUGACACGCACACAAAACCCUUGGGAUUGCAGCAGUGUUCGGACACGUCUUCCAAACCUAAUUCCACCUCCUGGCCUCCCUGGCUCUGUCCCCAGCAUCCCAUCCUCCUGAUCCCAGACACUUGGGUCUGGUCCUUCACAGUUGCUCGAGCCAGUGCUGGGUACGCGCCCUCUUACCCUGGGAAGCACCCUCUCCUCCUCUUAGGUCCAGUGCUCCAGCUUGUGUUCCAAGUGCUCGGCUUGUCUGAGAGGUUCCUGCCCACAAGGCCUGGAGGUGCUCUCAGUGUAGCUCCCAUGGUGUGGCUCACGUGGGGCCAGACGCAGCUGAGCUGAGCUGUGGAGCUCCAAAAACGGGGGAUUCCGGAAAGGAGGGUUUUUCAGGGCUUCCUGUGAACCAGGUAGGGGGAAUCUAGACUUCCUGGUGAACUUAGAUCUGUAGCUCUGGCCAAGGGGCUGGGAGGACAGAAGUGAGAAGGAUUCAUGGGAGUGAUGGGUGGUCAUUGGGUUGCUGGUUGGAGGGAGGUGGGGAGCCUGAGAAAGGCCAGAAUGUGGAUGGGCUGGUGUGACAUGGAGUCUGAAAUGGUCAGAGUGAUCCAGCUUGGGGUCUCCAGUGACUAGGAGAGUUGUCCCUUUGAAUAUGGUGUGGCUGUGAAGGAAGAAGCAGGAGGCCUGUUCACGUAGAAGAGCAAAGGUGGACACCGAAGUCCUGACCGUUGGCUGGGAUGGAAGAAUUCAUGUGUGAGAGACUCUUUCAUUGGUUCAUGCCCUGUGUGCCCCUGGGAGGGUGGGCCUGAGGAAGGUUAAAGACCCCAGGCUGAUACCAUCUGGAAAGCGGGGGGCCUGGGAGUUAGCAAGAAGGUUCCUGGCCAGUUCCUGGCCACUGUGAACUCCGGCUCAGGAAGAGAGGCGCAGUGUACAGGAACCUUAAGGACUGGGCUCAGACUGCUGUCAUGUAUGUGUGCCUUCUCUUGGUAGCCAGAGUCCGCUCUAGAUUCCCUGGUUAAAUAAAAGUGAAAGUGAAAUAGAAGGGAGAGUUCAGUGCUUUCGCAGAAGGAUUUCACUAUAUAUCCUGCCCUUCCCAGAACCAGCUCUGGCAGUGGAGAGAACUUUACCUCCCUUUGUGACUAGGUAAGUCCCUGGUCCUCUUUGGGCCUCAGUUUCCAUGCCUGUAAUGAAGGGGUUAGAUUGGACUAGUAACCAGUAUAAUGUUGAUGGUAAUAAGAGCUAGGGUGGGGAUCCCCUGGCUUUGUUUUUAGGGGCUGGAAGAGCUCUAGCCUAUGCCCGAUGCCAGUCCUCCAGGAGUUGUCACAGGUGGACAGGACAGAGUAAAUAGCAGUGCCUGACAGCCCACUGAAAAACUAGAGGUAGGGAGGGGCUGUGGAGUCCACAGGAAGAAGGCCACAUGUAUGCCUGGGAUCUAAGCAAGCCACUCAGAAGACGUGGGAGAAGCAGUUUUUCACCAUCUCCUCCCCCGCCUCCCCCAGAGAGGAGGAAGUUGUCACAGAUAUAUAGAUCCAGGCGUGCCAGCUCCUGACACACGCAUCACGACCAUGAGACAGAACUGGAUUCCAGACCCCAGCCCUCUUUGGGCCCUGCUCCUCUGUGCCCACAUCGUCUCCCACCUGGCCAGAGCCACAUCUGUGCCUCAGGCCACUACAGCUGCCACUGCCUCAGCUGGGAUCGCAAAGGACACCUGCCCCUCCCGGCCCCCAGCGCUCCCGACAGCUAAGCAGUGCCCAGCAUUGGAGGUGACCUGGCCGGAAGUGGAAGUCUCACUGAAUGGAACGCUGACCUUGUCCUGUACUGCCUGCAGCCGCUUCCCCCACUUCAGCAUCCUUUACUGGCUGGGCAACAGCUCCUUCAUCGAGCACCUCCCGGGCCGGCUGCGGGAGGGCAGCACCAGGCGGGAGCACAGGGGCACGAGGACCCAGCUGUGGAGGGCCUUGGUGCUGGAGGAGCUGAGCCCCGCUCUGCGAGACACCAACUUCUCCUGUGUUUUCUCGGAUCCUGGGCAGACUGCCCAGCGUCACCUCGUCCUGGCCCAGCUCUGGAACGUGGCCUGUCUGAGGAGGGAGUGUGGGAAGAGGAGAGAGAAUGCCACUCAGAAGCUACAGACAAAACCAGAUUCAGGGGACACAGGCCCUCAGAAGAGAAGAGGCCGGCCCAUAAUGCUCCUCAGGAGCAGAGGCCAGAAAUGGAGUGUGGGAAGAUCCUGUGGCCUGAGAAAGGCCAGGAGAAGGGAUCUGAGAGAAGGGAACGGCCUGCUGCCCAGGCUGGUCAGCAGGACAUUGAGUGAUGUGACCCAACUCAAGUGCUGCCAGAGCCACCUGCCUGUGCUCGCCUCCAACCCCCACCUGCAGAGACAGAGACAGCAGAGCCAACUCAGGAGCCGACACCCCACCACGUCCUACUGCCACUGCUCCCAGCCCCAACCUUCCCGGGCCAGACAGGACCAGGGGACCCAGUCUACCACUCCAGCAGACGUACUCAGUUGCAAAGAGGGCUUGUGAGAUAAGGAUGAGUCACGAAAAGAGGGCUGUAGAAGACUCCCAUUGAGACAGAGGACGGAGCCCCGGAGCAGGUUCCCGGAACAUUGUGAGAACACGGAGACUUGGAGGCUCUUCUGCGAAAGAGUGAAACCUCUCUCAUAAAGACACACAAUGACUGGAGAACGAGGUCAUGUGUUUUGCCUCUGGGGCCCACACUGGCCUAGACAUCCCAGUCCUGCGGUGCUUUCUGGUCACAGCUGUCAACAAGGAAACAAAUGCAGUCCCCACCCCAGCAUGCAGCUUCACUUGAGAGGCUGGAGAGGGAUGUGGCACAAACUCAC